GUGUCACUCGCCCGGCUUUGGACUCCCGUCUCCUCUCUCUCCCUCCCCGUGAAGCGAGCAGGGGGGAGAGGAUCAUAAAAAAAGCCAUGAACGGCGACAGUGACAGCGCCUGCGGCUCCGGCGCCUGUGCGCUAUCCUCCCUCUCACUCACCGCCAACACUCGCACUCAUGCGCGCUCUCACCCGUCUCCACCAGACACCAGCACGCCGCAUUACUGCGCUCGCAUCCUAACAUAUCCCCCGUUUUUAUUGUCGUUGUCGAGCAUCCGUCACACGAUCAGCCGUCGAGACGCAAACGCUCUCAUUUCAACCCUUUAAUCUGAAUGACGGGAGGACGGUUCGACUUCGACGAUGGCGGCACUUUCUGCGGUGGAUGGGAGGAUGGAAAAGCCCACGGACACGGAAUCUGCACCGGCCCCAAGGGUCAGGGCGAAUACUCCGGGUCCUGGUCGAACGGAUUCGAGGUAGUCGGGGUCUACACCUGGCCCAGUGGGAACACAUACAGGGGCUACUGGGCUCAGGGGAAGCGGCACGGGCUCGGCGUUGAGUCCAAGGGGAGGUGGCUGUACCGUGGUGAGUGGAGUCACGGAUUUAAGGGUCGGUAUGGGGUUCGACAGAGUCUCAAUACACCUGCCAGGUAUGAAGGCACGUGGAGUAACGGACUGCAGGAUGGCUAUGGGGUCGAGACCUACGGCGAUGGGGGUACAUACCAGGGCCAGUGGAUGGGCGGCAUGCGGCACGGUUACGGCGUGCGUCAGAGCGUGCCUUACGGCAUGGCCACCGUCAUCCGCUCCCCGCUCCGCACCUCUCUGGCAUCCCUCCGCAGCGAGCAGAGCAACGGCUCCGUUCUGCACGACCACAUGUCAGACAGCCCAGCUGGCACCCGCGGCGGCUUCGUUCUGAACUUCCACAGCGACAGCGAGAUGUGCUCCGGUAAAAAAAAGGGCCUGUUCAGACGGGGCUCGCUGUUUGGUAGCCUCAAACAGCUGAGGAAGUCUGACUCACGCUCUUCCAUUUCCAGCAAACGCAGUUCGGCACGAAGCGACGCCACCAUGAGCCGCAUCAGCUCCAGCGACGCCAACUCCACCAUCAGUUUCGGUGACGGCGAGGUGGCGGACGAAUACCUGCCUGCUGAGGACAACGUUGAUGCCACCACCACAGAGUCGUACAUGGGCGAGUGGAAGAACGACAAGCGCAAUGGUUUCGGCGUGAGCGAGAGAUCCAAUGGAAUGAAAUACGAGGGAGAGUGGGUGAACAACAAACGCCAUGGCUAUGGGUGCACGAUAUUCCCAGACGGGACGAAGGAAGAGGGGAAGUAUAAAAACAACGUUUUGGUGCGUGGCAUCAAGAAGCAGCUCAUUCCCCUUAAGAACACAAAGACAAGGCAGAAGGUGGACCGUGCGGUGGAAGGAGCUAUAAGGGCGUCCGCCAUUGCCCGAACGAAAGUAGAAAUUGCCACAUCAAGAACCGCACAUGCCAGGGUUAAGGCGGAAGCGGCAGACCAGGCCGCUCUGUCUGGCAGCCAGGACUCUGAUAUCGCCAGAGCUGUGGCCAGAGAUCUGUCCCCCAACUUUCAUCAACCAGGCCCAGACUAUAUCAAGCAGAGGUUUUCCAGUGAGCCCAUCGAGAUUAAAGAAGUCCCAGAAGAGAAGAAAGAGAAAACGCCCUCAGAAAGUCCGCACUUUUAUCGCAAAGGCACGACCCCAACCCAGUCCCCCAGCCAAAGCCCAGGUCCUACUCCACCCCCCUCGCCGCCCCAGAGCAAGAAAAAGCCCUUCUUUAACAGAAGCGCCCCGAAAGCCACGAAAGAAAACAAGCCCCCUGCUGCUGAAAACCAGGCAGCGGGUGUUAGCAAUGCUACUUCCAGGAUACCAGACAAACAGGAAGUAAAACAGGAAGUAGUACCUGUACCUAAACCCUACAAGUCAACGGCGCCGGUCGCCCACACCUCCAGCCCUGGGAACGGUGAGCUGCAUUCCCAGUAUCACGGCUACUAUGUGAAGGCGGAUGUCAUGAUCCCACCUGACGAGCUGGAGGUGGAGGAACACCAUGAGACUUCAACUGCGCUUGCCAGGAUGCCCCCACCUGCGAAGCAGUAUCGCGCUCCGACCCCCAAACCGGUGAUGCCCAAAGAGAGCAAACCCGAGCCAAAACUGAAGAAACAGGAAUCGUUGAAGCCAAAGAGCCUAGCAGAAACUAAGAAAGCCAGCAUGGAAAUUACUACAGACGUUGUUGAGGAGGAAUCAGGUCCCAACUCAAUAUUGGUCAUGCUAGUGAUGCUGAUAAAUAUUGGACUGGCAAUUAUUUUUGUCCAUUUUCUCACUUGACGGAACCUUAAACUCAGCUGUGCCAGAAUGUUAUUCAACAUAAUUACUUACCCUCUAACUGUUUCGACCCUUCAGUGAGCUCAUGAAAACUAGCGGCGUAGGCCCCUAAUUCUCUGCAGUUGCGUCAAUGGCACUUAAAACAAAAUGGCGCCAGUCAGACUCAGACACAGGCAAAGGACUGGACGACUGGAAUUAGAGCAAAUCACGGGAGAAAGAUGAAACCUGGACCAUUUGGCAUGAGCCAGCCCAGUUCCUCUGGCGAUGAUUUGUGACUCGCUUGGGCUCUGAAAGCUGAAGCAAGCAGUCGUUGGGAAAGAAAAAGAAUCUGCUGAUCCAAGCCGUACCCAGUCAAGUACAUGACCACCCCACUGCUAUGGGGAGGGGUGGAAUGGGGGGACUUAACUGGAUAUGUUCGGAGAUGCACUUUUAGCUGACGAAAGUGAACAGCUGCCUUACUAAUUUACCGACUGACGUUUUAAAUGGGGAGAUGUGGGCUGGGUUGCCAGUGUGUUUGGGCAGCAGAAGCGUGUACCAGUGUCCGCUUUCCACUUGCUUGAAAACACCAUGCACAUUUUGAAAGGGUCACUUGCCAGUCUUAUUCCAUUACCCAUCUCUGCAGCCUUGUCUAACAUCUGCUCCUGUUUUAGGAGGUUUAUCCGUGACAUGCCAUGUGCAUGGUACUGGUUUAAUGACUUUCGUCUUGACUGUUUUCUUUUUCCUGUUGUGUUAUUUUGCUGUACUUUUACUGUAGCUGCCAAUGACAAAACUAUCUCUAGUGAAAUAACAGCACGUCACCGGCAAGUCUUGCGUUAAAACAACGAUAUCCCAUAGAAAAAUAAAUCAAGUAUUAUUUAUCUGCAGACGCAAAUUAUUUUAAAGACUGGCCCUUUAGAAAACAGUGCAGUGCGUGGUUUGAUGUUAUUUAUUUAUUAUAAAAAAUUCAUAUUGUAGAAUUGUGUUUUUUUGUAAACUAGGGAUUAUGUUUGAUGUUGUACAUUUACUAUAGGUAAUGCAUGGCUUUCUUUUUUUUUUGAGAAAUUAGUAAUGAUUACAUGGUUUUGCACCUUUAAACGUCAUGGCCUGAGACUGUGUGGUAUCUAACCCCCAGACCCUCGCACCACCCCUUAAAGUGAUACUUCACCCAAAAAUGAAAAUUCGGUCAUCAUUUACUCACUCUCAAGUUGUUCCAAAUCUGUAUAAAUUUCUUUGUUCUGAUGAACACAGAGAAAUAUAUUUGGAAGAAUGCUUAUAACCAGACAGAUUUUGCCCCCCAUUGACUCCCAAAGUAGGAAAAAUUACUUUAUAGUUUUUUUUUUGUUCUGUUGAACACAUAAGAAGACAUUUUGAAGAACGUAGGACAGCAAACAGUUCUGGGGCACUUUUGACGACCAUUGUAUUUUUUCCUACUAUGGUAGUCAGUGGGGGGGCAAAAUCUGUCUGGUUAUAAGCAUUCUUCAGAAUAUCUCUCUCUGUGUUCAUCAGAACAAAGAAAUUUAUACAGAUUUGGAACAACUUAAAGGUGAGUAAAUGAUGACAGAAUUUUUAUUUUUGGGUGAAGUAUCACUUUAACCCGACAUGUGCAGUAUUAUGCUGUAUUAUGCCUGCAAAUUUGUGUUGAAUGCAAUCAGGUUGACCCACUGGUUCUGAACGCGAAUGUAUAGAUGGAUGCAUUUAAAGCAUUUGCAACCGUGUUAGUUUACCUCAGAAAAUAUGUGAUUUUGAACACUGUCUUAAUUAGGAUUUUUGUGCAAGUCUGCUGUUAUUCUCAAUUAUUUUGGUCAAGUGGUGCAUGAGGAUGUGAAUUGAAACUAUUGUGCACAUAGUGCUUUUGCACUGGUAUUUAAAUGAAAGUUGUAUACAUAUAAAUAGAUCUAUUUUAUAUACAAAGUCUGAAUAUUUUUAGUCAACAGUUGGAUGCUGAAUGGCCUUGACUAGAGUUACUCUACAGCACUGUACCUUCUGCUUGAUUUGAACAUCCUGUGUGCAUGGUGUAUUUUGCGGCUCUGGUUUCUGUUCGGGGCUCAUAGACAAGAGGAUAUGGAGCUGUAUGUGUCGUGUGAAGUGUAAAUUACAGCAGUAACAGGGUGACUGUUUUUCAGGGGUUUUGUCAGACUGCAAAGUAUGUGAGAGAAAAGGAGGAGAGAAAAGAGGAGCAUCAGAAUGGAGAAGGGAGAUUUAUCAUCGUAUUACUUAUUUUUAAUGGAAGAUUUUUUUGUGGCCAGGGAAAAAACUUUGAUUUACACACAUCGGCUAUGUACAUGGCUUUUUUUGCUUUUUGUUUUCUAUGUAUGUUUUUAUUCCAAUCCCAACCUAUUAAAUAUUAGAUGUAUGUGUAAUUUAAAAAAAUAAAAUUAUGCAAUUUAAUGUGAAAUUAAAAAAA